CGGGGAAGGAAAGUCGCCCGUUUUCCAGCGUCUAGUUGAGCUUUUGAUUAAUUCUGUGCAGCAGAUCCUGCCGAAGAAAGGUAGCCAUGGAGGAGAACAUGGAAGAGGGGCAGACACAGAAAGGGUGUUUUGAGUGCUGUAUUAAAUGCCUGGGAGGCAUCCCCUACGCCUCUCUGAUUGCCACCAUCCUGCUGUACGCAGGCGUAGCCCUGUUCUGUGGCUGCGGUCAUGAGGCGCUCUCUGGGACUGUCAACAUUUUGCAGACCUACUUCGAGAUGGCGAGGACUGCCGGGGAUACACUGGACGUCUUUACCAUGAUUGACAUCUUCAAGUACGUCAUCUAUGGCAUUGCGGCCGCCUUCUUCGUGUAUGGCAUUCUGCUCAUGGUGGAGGGAUUCUUUACCACGGGUGCCAUCAAGGAUCUCUACGGGGACUUCAAGAUCACCACCUGCGGCCGCUGCGUGAGCGCCUGGUUCAUCAUGCUGACCUACCUGUUCAUGCUGGCCUGGCUGGGCGUGACGGCUUUCACCUCCCUGCCUGUGUACAUGUACUUCAACCUGUGGACCAUCUGCCGCAACAGCACGCUCGUGGAGGGGGCCAAUCUCUGCCUGGACCUGCGUCAGUUCGGGAUUGUGACCAUCGGAGAGGAAAAGAAAAUCUGCACAGUCUCUGAGAACUUCCUCCGGAUGUGUGAAUCCACGGAGCUGAACAUGACCUUCCACUUGUUCAUCGUGGCCCUGGCCGGAGCAGGCGCAGCGGUCAUCGCCAUGGUUCACUACCUUAUGGUUCUCUCUGCCAACUGGGCGUAUGUGAAAGAUGCCUGCCGGAUGCAGAAGUACGAGGACAUCAAGUCCAAGGAGGAGCAGGAGCUGCACGACAUCCACUCUACUCGCUCCAAAGAGCGGCUCAACGCAUACACAUAAGCAAAGCCCCCUUCCUGCCGUUCACAUGCAUUGGUGUUUAACUAAGGGCCAUCCAACCAUCCAACCUUGUGAAGAAUCAAAUGAAAGUGCUUCUCAUCAAUGAUAUGGAGGGUGACUUAGGAAUCACCCGAAUACAAUUCUUUGCUGUUUAGCACUUAACUUCCGAAUUUGUUAAAUUGGUGUAACCAGAUCUCUUCUAUAAGCUCCUAUCCAGCCCUUUUCUUUUUUAAAUUUCCCAAACUCAUUGAAUAAUAAUUCUUAAGAUCGAUGAAACUAACAUUGUCAAAUGCAGAGAUUUCUUUGAUUUUUAACCACUUCUUGUGUGUUAUACAUAACACCUCUUGCAUUAUUUCUUAUGUUUUGAAAAGAAAAAAUAGCUUUUUAUACUUUUUAGUUUUGAUUUAGGUAACUAGUUUGACUACAGGUAACCUUCAAAGGGACCAUUGUACAUUCCGAACAAUAGACAGAGAUGCUAUCGUGAUGACUCUUCUUGAAAUACGGAGAUAUUGUCAGAAGAUCAGUGGCCACGUUACUGUAGGCUCUGGUUGAUGUUCUCAACAAUCUAAGGUGCAAUUUCUAAAUUUGUAAGAGUAGGUUUAAAAAAAAAGUGCUUCUUAUCUUUGUUAACAUUGUAUUUUUCCUUGAUGUACGGAAGAGGUAUUUCCCUCUGAUUCUUCAAGUUUACGUUGUGAGCAUGUAGACACAGUGAUGCUAAUGCAUGGCUAGCUGCCUUUCUAAGACUGUGACACCAGGCUUACCUUCUAAAGUUUAGUACAGGGACGAUUUUAAUGGAAAUAACUCCUGUGGACAACCGGAGAAGGGUCUCUUUGUGACUCAAGCAGUGGCUGGAUUGGAACUUGAAUGUGCUAACGUGGAACAUGAGUCACCUUCACGAAGGUGGUGUAUGAACAAUAGGCACACUAACCCCUCAGAAGUUGUUUUACCCACUUUAAAAAGGUUUCGUGGGUUGCACCUCUGUAAACUACCCCUCCAAUGUGUAUGAUAUCUUUGAAAAGGCUUCCAUGAAUACAAUAGCUUUGCUUGCAGCCUUCCAAUCUACGUUGAUUUACCUGUAGUGUUUUUUAAAGUACAGUUAGAGGCCACUAUACCACGUAUCCUUUUGAAGCGUAGUGGCAUAUUUGUGUUUUUAUUUCUCGUAAGUCAUUUUAACCAAACAUUCAUUCAUAUUCAUUUAUAAGAAGUACCUAUAUCAAAGGAAUAUUAAAAAAAAAAAAAAGCAAUCAGUAUUACUGGACCAAAUCUGGUGUUUGUUUUAACCUUGACUCUUGAUUAUUUCUAAUGCUACAAGAAUGCUGUAAAGUGUCUCUUAAAAUUAUGUCGCCUGACAAGACAUUUUUGUCAGUGUAUAAAAACUAGGUAGUUCUGUGCACUGAUUGGACCAUUGUGAAAUCUCCUCUCAGCGUAAGUGCAUUUCUGAUCAACUUUCUUGAGUGAACAAUCUUUGUACAAUGCCGGGCCAUGCAUCCGUCACCCACAAUCUUACAAGUUCUUGUAGUAUGUAGGGAUAUCGCUGGGGUUCUCCGUGGCAUGACAAUGCAUCCGUAGUAUUAUUUAAUUAAUUUGGGGGUUUGCUUCUUUUUUUACUAUUAUCUUACUGGUUCAACAUUUUUCUGAUAUAUGCAGUAUUACAGAUAUUCAGCGAAAGUAUUAACGGGCCUCUUUCAAUCCUCUAUGGUAGUGUUUCAGUUCUGUGUCUUACCGGUUUGUGAUGAUUUUUAAAACUGUCUUUUAAACUUAUGUACCAAUGUCGACGCCUUUGCUUUUUUUCCUGGUAUUAGAGUUUGUAUUUUCCUGAAGAGUGCUUUGUAGCAGGCAUUACAGUUAAUCUGUUUUGUACAUAAAUGUGCCAACAGCUUGAUGGUGGCGUUUUGAAAUGUAGAGCAAAGUGCUUGCAAACUGUAAUAAACACACUUGUGUACUUUGUGUACUUGUGAUUA